CUAUAUUAAGUGUUCACAAAUUCUCCUCUUCAUGCUCCGAAAAAGGUGGGAAAAGGGUAAAAAAAUUGGGUUCCUUCCCCCAUCGAACAAAUCUCUCGCUCCAAGCUACGACGACCGUGCACUCAUCCUCCUCCCGACAAAAGGAAAAUUAGGGCACUUAUCUCCUUCCUCUCUCCGUUCAAAUCGAUCUAUCGAUUUGGCUUGGGCCUCUGUAGUAGCUGGAGUCGAAGUUCCUCGAUCUUCCCGUGAGUUUGCAGAUGCUGAAAGAGCUUUCUUCCUUCAUCUAAGAUCGCUAUAGUUCCUAUAUGAGCUGAGAGGACUUUGCCUAAAGAUUGCAAAUGAUUGCUUGGUUGUUUAAGGGUUUGUCCAUAAGAACCAUGUCUGAUGGUCAACCACAAAAAAGAUUAUGAUCUGACAUUCAUACCAAACAGUAGAUCUUUACCAUUCUUGAUCCAUGGGCGAUUGGGUUAUUGGAGCAUUUAUUAACAUAAUUGGGAGUAUUGCUAUAAAUUUUGGGACUAACCUUUUGAAACUGGGUCAUGAUCAGCGAGAGAGGUACUCCAUACUUAGCAAUGAUGGACCUAAUAGCAAACUUAAUGCAAAAUCAAUCAUACACUUCCAAAUGUGGCGAUUUGGUAUUCUUUUGUUUGCUUUCGGGAACUGCCUUAACUUCAUCUCCUUUGCAUAUGCUGCCCAGUCACUUCUUGCAGCGUUGGGAUCAAUUCAAUUUGUAUCGAAUAUAGGAUUUUCUUAUUUUGUGCUAAGAAAGACAGUGUCAGUCAAGGUCUUGGUAGCAACAACUUUUAUUGUUUUGGGGAACAUUUUCUUAGUAUCAUUUGGAAAUCAUCAAUCGCCUGUAUUCACUCCAGAGCAGUUGGUCACAAAGUAUUGCAGCUUAGUUUUCCUUCUAUAUUGCCUUUCCUUACUAUUCAUAGUCGGCAUCAAUCAAUAUAUUUACAGGAAAGGGGAAGCCCAUGUUUUGAUUUCUGGCCAUGAUAGUCCCUACUGGCGCACACUGCUUCCAUUUUCCUAUGCCACUGUUUCUGGUGCUAUUGGUUCCUGCUCAGUGUUAUUUGCAAAAUCAUUGUCUAACAUGCUAAGAUUAACCAUGAGCAGCAAUCAUCAGUUCCAUAGCUGGUUUACGUACUGUAUGCUAUUAUUGUUCUUUAGCACAGCAGGAUUUUGGAUGGCAAGGUUGAAUGAAGGAUUGUCUCUUUUUGAUGCAAUCCUCAUUGUUCCUAUGUUUCAGAUUGCAUGGACCUUCUUCUCUAUCUGUACAGGAUUUGUAUAUUUUCAGGAGUAUCAAGUGUUUGAUACAUUAAGAGUCACUAUGUUUUUUGUUGGGAUUACGCUUGUAUUCAUUGGGAUUUCUUUGUUGGCACCUGAUGAUUCAAAAGGAAGUGAAAUAAAGGAUUCCUCUUUGCCUACUUCAGCUCAAGGGUUUCCAGCUGAUAUGAACAGAUUUGCUAAAAUACCAACAGAAGAUACUGAGGUGAGUGAUACGAGUUCAUUUGCGCAAACAGUGUUUGCUAAAGCAAAACCUAUUUUGUUGAAGGCAAAGGCUGCUGGUUCUUUGUCACUGGGUCUUGGCGAGGAGCCAAUUAAUGCUUCUUCAGUACUUGUAAUGCCUAUGCUGGCUUCGAGAACAACAGGUUUCCGACCGACUCUCUUUGAUCGAUGCAAGUUCAUUCCUCUAAGGAACUCAGGAAAGAACUACUCUGGAACAGAAGAUGAUAUAGAUGAUGAAAUGCAGGAUACAAGGUCAUUAUUGUCGUAGCAUUACUGGUAUGGAUUGCCAAUUGAAGUAAAUUUUGUUGUUUCUUUAAAAGGUGGUUAUUCUUUCGAUUAUUUCCUUGUACCAUGAAUAUGUAGAUAUAAUACACCUUGGAUUGUCAAAGUUGUUUAUACUAUAUGACUGAUUUGACAUCCACAGACAAUUCCUCAGAUUAUAUACCAAUUAUGUGAUUUACAGAUGAGCAUUUUGACACAUUUUUGU